GUGAUCUCCAGUGAGCCACAGCUGGCCAGCAAUGUCGUUGGAUUGCGGUACAUGUUUUCAUGCGUUCAUGUACCGUAUCCUGAUUGGUGCACAGAAAGCGGGCACUCCGAGAGAUGAUGGACCCUAUGGUGCGACAUGGAAGAUAUGAGUGCAUCCAUCAUUGCAAUUUGCGAAGAAUUGGCGGAUGCCAAGGGUCAAAUUCCCAUUUCACGCUUGGCGGAUGCCAUGCGUUUGCUCGGCAUGAACCCCACAGACCAAGAUGUGGGAACUCUUCAGCGCAGAGCGCUCAGUGUACAGAGCAUGCAGGACGACAAUGAGGAUGGACAGCUCGCAUUGGACAGCUCGCAGUUUGGACGGCUCAUGGAGGAUGCGCUGGCUCAAUGGUUAGCUGCUGAUCAAGCACAGCAAUUGCUGCACGAUUUCCAGGUCUUUGACAAGGACCGCACUGGCAGGAUGUCGACCCAAAAGCUUGUGGAGAUUAUGAAGAUAUCAGGGAACAGCUUCACUGAACUGGAACUGGAGGAGAUGUUGCUCAAUUCAGGUGUGGAAGGUGGCACUGUGGAUUACAAGGACGUGGUUUACAAGCACUUUUUUGGAGCUCGGAGUCGGUCCGCCUUAGGCGACUGGGGCCUCCAACACCGGAAGCCUGACCCUCUGCAGGAUGCUUCGGCUUUGCGUGAAGUGGCCAAAAUGAAAGCUGAUCGAGGUAAGCUCCAGGAUGCUCUGGGUCUAUACAGAGACGCCUUAGUUUGCAGCCCAGCGUGCAGCUCCAAUCAACCGGGUCUGGCCAUAUCUAGCUCCGACGAGGCUCUCUUGGAUGGUCAAGCAGCUCAUUCCACAGCAGCGGCCACGCUUCAUGACAUGGCGCGGCUGAAGGAAAUGCUUGGAGAAGAACAAGAAGCUCUUUCGCUCUAUUUGCGUGCUUUGGAGAUCCGCGAAAAGGUCUUGGGACCGAAGCAUUUCUAUGUGGCCACAACUUUGGAUAGCAUCGCAAAUUUGCAAGACCGUAUGGGUCAAGUGGCAGAAGCCUUGGAUUUUGCCUGUCGCUCACUGUCAAUCUGGGAGAGAUUCUUUGGGCCUGAACAUUCUCAUGUGGCCAAGAUCCUCUACAAUCUCGCUGGGCGCAGAGAUUUCGUGGGAGAUCUUGCGGGAUCUUUGGAUUUCUACCAGCGAGCCUUGAGCAUUUUCCAGCGAGUGAACGCGCGCAGUGAGGUGGCAGAUGCGCUUGAUGGCAUUGCAGACUUGAAGUGGCGAAGCGGCGAAACAGAUGAGGCUAUUCUUCUCUACAACCGAGAGUUGAGCAUCCGAGAAGAGCUGCUGGGCGUGGAGCACCCUGAGGUAGUGGAGCUCCGGGAAUUCAUCGCUUCUCUUCACCCCUGAGCAGCCGGAGUUCCCGGUCUCGUGGGAUCCACGCAGCCGGUCUCGAUGGAUCGACGGUACAUCCUCAUGUUGGAAGAGAGGACCUCGAUGGUGUCAUCCUCUUUCUGAAAGUCUCCGCUUCCCAGAGGUGGGAGGAUCUCGAUGCACUGAAGAGGAGGCCCAGCCGAGGGCGGAAUCGAACCUCUUUGGACACUUUCAACCGACCAAGGGGG